AUGACCGACCCCUUCGAUUCAGCCUUGGACCUCCUCCGCCGUCUUAACCCCAAACACAUCACCAAAAACCUAAACGCCUUGAUCGGCUUGGUUCCGGACCUCACCGAAGACCUUCUAUCAUCUGUCGAUCAACCAUUGCAGAUUUCGAAAUGCAAGAAGAGUGGAAGAGAAUACCUUCUUUGCGACUACAAUCGCGACGGUGACAGCUAUCGAUCGCCAUGGAGUAAUGAAUUCGACCCACCACUAAGUGACGGAACCGUGCCGAGCGAGAAGGUCCGGAAGAUGGAAAUUGCAGCGAAUCAAGCUUUUGAUGUCUAUAGAGAAUUGUACUAUGAGGGCGGUGUUUCUAGUGUCUACUUCUGGAAUCUAGACGACGGUUUCGCUGGUGUAGUGCUCCUGAAGAAGUCUUCUGCUGCGACUUCGAAGAAUACGGGAACUUGGGAUUCUAUACACGUCUUUGAAGCUCUUGACAGGCCCAGGCAAGCACAUUAUAAGCUCACCAGCACAGUUAUCCUCAAUAUGGAGAACACCUCAGACGUUAUUGGAACUAUGGACCUCAGUGGUAAUAUGACACGUCAGAUCGAAGCGGAUCUUCCAGUGGAGGACGAUAAUUCUCAUAUCGUGAAUAUUGGUCGGCUCGUGGAGGACAUGGAGUUAAAGAUGAGGAAUUUGCUGCAGGAGGUUUACUUUGGCAAAGCCAAGGAUGUCGUCAAUGAUCUAAGAAGUGUCAGCAACCUCACGGAAGUUAACAGGGAGAGAGCUGCGCAUUCGGACGUCAUGUCUGCUAUGCUCAGACGGUAG